AUGCCUAUAGAUCAACAUUCAAGCAACAUGAUUAGUCUUCUCUCGACCGCAACCUUUGCCCUCGCGGCGACAUUGGUCGUCCCCGUGUUAUCUCAGGAUCAGAAACCCACGUCGGGAUACGUAUGCACACACCCGCCAUACAAGGUCCACAUGAUCUCUAAAUCCCCUCUUGUGGUUUAUAUCGCCGACUUCAUCACGGCCGCAGAGCGGUCACAUCUGCUGGAUAUGGCGAGCGGCACGUUUACCCAUUCUGGAGUUAUUGAUGCUUCUGGAGGCAAAACCACGCACGACGUACGGACAUCUCAGAGUACCAGCCUGUGGCGGGAUGAUGUUGUUCGCUGCAUCGAAGAGCGCGCAAUAGCGUUCCAAGGGUAUGGUAUGCCUAAGAGUCACGUAGAACCACUGCAGCUGGUCAAGUAUGGAAAGGGACAGCAGUACCAUUUUCAUACAGACUGGUUCACAGAUCCUGCACACGCCAGAGCUCAUCUAGGCGGCAAUCGGCUGUCUUCUUUCUUCGGUUAUGUGUCAGCGGUUAACGUUACCGGAGGUGGAACCAACUUCCCGCUCUUAGACGCCCCUUCUGACGAACGAUGGUGCUCUUUCAUUGACUGCGACGAGCCUUGGGAGAGAGGCGUGACAUUUCGGCCGUUGGAGGGAAAUUUCGUGUAUUGGGAAAACCUCCACGUCGAUGGUUCUGGAGAUCAACGUAAUUUACAUGCUGGAUUGCCGGUCACAGAUGGACAGAAGGUUGGGAUGAACAUCUGGACGAGACAAGCACCGCUGAGCAAAGACAUUCGAGGAGAUUAG